AUGUUAUCCUCUGCCCACGCGCCUCGUCUGGUCCGCUCCCCUAGCCACCGUCUCCGACCUAUCAAUAGCCUCCACACCGCCCAAUCCUCACCCCUUCCCACCACCGCCACCGAAUCCUCCCAAAUCCUCACUAUCCGCAAAUCCCUCUUGACAAAGCAGACUACUGCCGUCGACCUUGCCCAGUCCUUCCUCGACCGCAUCCGCCGCACCGAGCCCCAUUUGAAAAGCUUCCUUUAUGUCUCUCCUGAUGAUGCCAUCUUGAAACAGGCCGAUGAAUUGGAUAAUAAGAUUAAGAACAAUGAGCAGCUGGGUCCACUUGCUGGGGUUCUGGUUGGAAUUAAGGAUAAUAUCUGUACUUCCGAUAUGCCCUCGACUGCGGGGUCGAGGAUAUUGGAAAAUUAUCGUCCGCCAUUUGAUGCCACGGCGGUGAGGAAGUUGAAAGAUUCUGGGGCUAUUGUUGUUGGAAAGACGAAUUUGGAUGAGUUUGGUAUGGGGAGUACUACAGAAGGCUCUGCUUAUCAAGUGACAGCAAAUCCUUGGGAUUUGUCACGGGUCCCAGGAGGAUCAUCAGGGGGCUCGGCUGCUGCUGUUUCUGCUAGACAAUGUGUGGUAUCAUUGGGAAGUGAUACUGGUGGAAGUGUUAGACAACCAGCAGCCUUUUGUGGUGUUGUCGGAUUGAAGCCAACAUAUGGACGUGUUUCUAGAUAUGGGCUUGUGGCAUAUGCAUCUUCUUUGGAUGUUAUUGGAUGCUUUGGUUCAUCUGUCGCAGAUGCAGGGAUUCUCCUUCACACAAUUUCUGGUUAUGAUAAGUUUGAUUCCACCAGUAGUAAGCGAGAAGUACCAGACUUCACAUCCCAGUUUGCUGGAAAAGAUUACUUGGAAUCCAAACCCUUGAAAGGACUGAGAGUUGGUGUGAUCCGUGAAACAUUUGGUGAUGGGGUUGAUCCAGAAGUAAUCUCUUCAGUUCGUGGUGCUGUUACUCAUUUGGAAGAACUAGGGUGCUUUGUGUCAGAGGUCUCAUUGCCAUCAUUUUCCCUCGGGUUACCGGCAUACUAUGUCCUUGCAUCGUCUGAAUCAUCUUCUAAUUUGUCUCGCUAUGAUGGAAUUAGAUAUGGAAACCAGGUAUUGGGAGACGAACUUAAUUCUCUUUAUAGCCAUUCCCGUGCCCAAGGUUUUGGCUCUGAGGUGAAAAUGAGAAUUCUAAUGGGUACAUAUGCUCUUUCUGCUGGUUAUUAUGAUGCGUUUUACAAGCGUGCACAGCAGGUGAGGACCAUAAUUCGAGACAGCUUCAGGGCAGCCUUGGAGAAAAAUGAUAUUCUGAUAUCACCUGCAUCUCCAUCUGUUGCUUAUAAGAUUGGUGAGAAGAAAGAUGAUCCAUUGGCCAUGUAUGCUGGAGAUAAAAUGACUGUCAAUGUGAACUUGGCUGGGCUGCCUGCUCUGGUUUUACCAUGUGGUUUUGUUGAAGGGGGAUCCACUGUCCUGCCUGUUGGUUUUCAAAUGAUUGGAGCAGCAUUUGACGAGGAGAGGUUGCUUAAAGUAGGCCAUAUCUUCGAACAGACUCUUCAGGGUUCCUCUGCCGUCCCUCCGUUGGUAGCAGAGGAAUUGACACGCUAA